CACCUUGUAUUAAGGCCGAGGUAGUCCUUUCCUAAAUAGUCAUGCUAAUAAAUGAACUUAUAAUAAAUGAAUUGCCAGACAAAUUAAGGUUACAUUUGACUUGAUCCUUAUUUUACAGAUUUCGAUAAUUAUCGGGAUCACCCCGAAGUCUCAUUACCACCCUAAUGAGGCGCUGCUACUCCGUGACAUCUACCCCGCUCCAUCUCGUUAAGGAAAUCGCUCUUCAAUGCUGAUUAUUUUAUUUGGGGGUAUAAUUAUAUUUCUUUCGGAUAAAUCACGGCCUAAUCGAGUCCGUACAGAGGGCAGCGGCGCUAAUUGAGGCAAGAGAUGCGGCGGCGGGGCGCCGCACCCGGGCUUAUGUGACCAGAGGACCCCGUGUGCGGGCUGCCGAGUGCUCCGUGAGCAUGUAGCGGCCGGAGGGGGAGCGUCCGGAUCCUGUUCUCGAGGGGUACGCUGCAGUGCAAACAUACUCUCUUACCGGCCCUGGGCUCGAAAUGUUGCUUAAGUGAAAGGCGGUAUUAUUGGCAAAAUGCAGGCCUAGCGUACCAAAAGUAAAGGGGCUCAUUAGGCAGCAGAAUGGCGCCGUUCAAAGUCCUGAUGUGAUUGGAUUUCUGUGACUAAUGCAUUGCGGCGAAAGCGGGAUUUCAUGACUAUUGCAGCCGGCGGAAGUGGGGCGAAUGCAGCUAGUUUGGGUGGUUUCAUUUAUUGAAGUACCUCGUAUCCUGUAAACUGCUGGGGCCGCGUGAUUUGCACGUGGGCUCUUGAUCCGGAGAAGCUGUCGGAUAAACGUGGCGGAGUCAAAGGACAUAAAAAUAUUGUCGGUCUGAAAUGUGGUGGAAAUAGUCAGGGAAAGAACAAGUAGCUCAAAACUCUGCUGAAUUUAGCUUCAACGGGGUUACUCUCCACGACUGGAAAUCCCUCGUGGCCUGAUUUGUCAGCUGUAUUUUGAGGUCGCUCCGAUAUUCCCAUGGAGCAGGUCCUCCUCCUGUGCUCGGCAUGUCCUCUCUUAAAACUGGUUGGACACCCUUCGCCCCAGGAUCACCUGACCUGGCCCUGUCUGCUGCCAGUUGGGCAGGGGAACCAGCCGCGGGCCUCCUGGAAUUGGUCCUAAAUGGACAAAUUGGCCCGAGUAUAACCUCGGAGCAAACUGACCUGCCGUUUUCAGUCCGGUAAUGAGAGAGAGCAAGCACAAAAAGGGUGUUUUAUCCAGCUGUGGAAAGUAACUAAGUACUAGUACUUAAGUCAAGUCCGAAACGUUAGAAUUGUACUUAAGUAUUUUAAAUGUGUUAUUAAUACCUCUACUCCACUACAAUUCAGAUGGAAAUAUACUUUUUACUCCACUACUUUUCAUUUGACAGCUGCUGUUAUGUGUGGGACUAUUUGAUGGGCACACGAAAUAUUGUGAUUUUGUUAUACAGCCAAUUAAACCACCAAACAGUAAAUAAAAUGGGCAAGAUUAGCUCUUCGGGAACCAUCCCCGGUUUUAAAACGCUGCUUGAUGGCGUGAGCGUUAACGGUCUAGCGGUAUCCUGCGUAUUUAACGUAACACUGACUGACACCAUUUUCAGUUUAUCGAUGAUUAAAAAAAUAAACUGUAACUGCGGGGAAAGUUGCCCCGCAUCGCAGCAGCGGGCGGGGUGCGUUUGGCGCAGAUGCGCCGCCGCUAAACUUUGUGCGUGUCAAACUUUUGCCGCAGGCUGGACGCGGAGCGGGCCGCUGCGGUUGCAGCUGAGCUGCAGCGGCGGCAGCGGCAGCAGCAGCCGCUCCUCUCCUGUUUCCACACAGUAGCCGACCUAUUCCUCCUAAUCCCCCAGACUGUCGCCAAAUCAGCUGCACGAAACAAGAAUCUCAUUCGUUAAACCCGAGGCUUGUGCAGAUGGAAGAUCGAUUGUUUUUCUCCUCAGAAAUCUCUAAUUGAGUGAAUACAGGCUGCAAAGGCGGAUCGCGGAGAGGAAGGAAAAACAAAUCACUGGGGCCCAGCGGUUCGGAGAGCCUGUACUGUGACCGGGAGGUCACAGGUUCAAGCCCCCGCCAGCCAGCCACUGUUCGUCCACCAGCAGCAGUCACGCACACUGGGAUCUGAGGGAUGAAGGAUGCCGCCGCGGAGCUCCUGGGCCACAGGGAGGCUCUGAAGUGCAGGCUCGGCGGAGGGGGACCUGACCCGGGACACUCCGGUGAGCUCGGCCCAGGCCCGGACGGCGUGGAGGGGACCACGAUGCUCCCUGGUGAUGAUAUCAGCAGCGGCGGAGGAGGCAACCCGGUGCAGGUCAACAGCAAAGAGCAGGAGAAGCAGCAGCAGCAGCAGCAGCAGCAGCAGCAGCAGAGCAGCAACAACCCCAACCAGUCUGGAGGGCAGCAGACCCAGAAGCAGAAGCGGCACCGGACCCGCUUCACCCCGGCGCAGCUCAACGAGCUGGAGAGGAGCUUCGCCAAAACGCACUACCCCGAUAUCUUCAUGCGGGAGGAGCUGGCUCUCAGGAUCGGUCUGACAGAGUCCAGAGUGCAGGUCUGGUUUCAGAACCGACGCGCCAAGUGGAAGAAGCGCAAGAAGACCACCAAUGUCUUCCGGGCUCCGGGCACUCUCCUGCCGACGCACCACGGCCUGCCUCAGUUCCCGUCCGCCGCGGCAGCAGCAGCCGCCAUGGGCGACAGCCUCUGCUCCUUCCACGCCAACGACACCCGCUGGGCCACGGCAGGGAUGCCCGGCGUGUCUCAGCUGCAGCUACCGCCGGCUCUGGGCCGCCAGCAGGCCAUGGCUCAGUCCCUGUCUCAGUGCAGCCUCGGCGCCGGGCCGCCGCCCAACUCCAUGGGUCUAUCCAACAUGUCGUCGAACGGCUCCGGGCUGCAGUCACACCUCUACCAGCCCACUUUCCCGGGGAUGGUACCCGCGUCCCUAUCCGGCCCGACCAACGUGACCGGCUCGCCUCAGCUGUGUAGCUCCCCGGACAGUGACGUCUGGAGAGGGACAAGCAUCGCCUCGCUGCGCCGCAAAGCGCUGGAGCACACAGUAUCCAUGAGUUUCACCUAGUCAGGAGGGCGAAGAGCUUUUCUUUCACCCACACAGAGAUCUUCUGCAUUCAGUUCUUACUCAUCCAGUCCAUCCAAACGGCGCACCGGGAAAAAUACAAGCAGGAUACUUGUUCACAUCACAAACCGCAGAGCUGCACAUCUGGCCUUUAUUUUUAUUUUUUUCUCUCCCAAAUCACAAACAAGAGGGAAAACUGAAGCUAUUCACCAGGCCUGUGGGCCUUGGUCAAGCAUAGGGCUGGUUCAGUUUCAAGCUAUGAUUUAUUAUUUCGCAUGUAGCCUAUGGCGACUAUUUAUUUGUCUAUUUAAAUGAACCUAUUCGUUUGUCCAGUACCUAUUUAUUUGGCACAUGCAGCCCUCGCUUUUACCGUCGCAGGGCUUUCAGUGACGUUCGCUUGGUGACUGGCGGUUUUUCCGAAGACAAAUUCUGUGGAUACUUUGAAACACACACACACACACACGCACACACACACACACACACACACACGCGCACACACACACGAAAAACAGAUUCCCCUUUCAAAACCCGCUGCGCAGCACGCAACUCUGGAGGGGGCCAAAGGGACGCACGGUGGACGUGCUUAAAACCAAGACGCCUGGGAGUUCGGAAGAGCGACAGCGUGAGAGAGAGAGAGAGAGAGAGAGAGGGGGGGAACUGAUCUGGCAGGAAUCAGGACACCACGGAAAAGGACUUGCCUGCAUGUGCUGUCCAAGGCAAAAAAUAAAUAAAAAUAAAGAAAUAAGGGAAAUACUAUAAAUUAAAACAUGGAAACUGACUCUAACUAUAAUCUGUUAUAUAGGAUGUUUUGUGUAGCGGAAACACUCUUGUUCCCAUUUGGUCGAUUUGUGAUAACUUAUGUUUCCAAAAUUAUGUCUGUGCUUAUUAUCAAAUCUGACUUUCUUACAUGUUUGAACCAUUUUUGUUUCCAUGGACAUGUUUAUAUCAAUUAAAUGUAAAUGAUCAAAUAAAAAUC